AUGGCUUCUUCUUGCGGUCCGAUUCACUCGCAAUCGCACUUUCCGUCAGCCAUCGACCACAGCCGGCACAGGGUUCUGAGCUCACACCCUGCUUCCAGUGCUCACUGGAAGUCUGGCCGUAAUGCGUCCUCUCUGCCAUCAACCGACUUCACUAGGAGCUAUCGAGAGAAUACUGCGGGAGCUCGUUUCCAGAAGUCUCCUACCGUUUCGAGUCUACACGCUACGGCCAAACCCGGAGCCACAUCUCAGGUUGCAGAUAGCCUGUUCGUCGACCAAGGUGGUUUACAUCGUGGCAACCCACUACUUGAUAACCCGACUGCACACCUCCACGCACCUUCUUCGCCUCUGAGAAUUCCGUCGCCUGCCAACUGCGACCACAUCGAGCACCUCAGGUUCUUAGAUAAGCUGCAGAGUCAAGCUUUCAAAAGUGGCUUCUUCCCCGACACCGAAGAACGCGAGAGUCACGGAAGCUCAAGCAGAAAGCCUGCAACCACAACAGCCUCGGCCGACGGCAUCCAGGAGGGAUUUGCAGCGAUCAAAGUGUCCGGCUUCAUUCUUGAAGACGAGGACGAGGAGUACCACACUUCGUCCAGCACGAAUAGACGGAAGCACACAAAAGUCGCAGCUACCAAGCCAAACACGAGUUCCCGCCCUCGCGCAUCAACCUUUUCGUCAAUUCCAGUCACCCAUGGUACUGAGCCCCAGAGCAUUCCAAAGAAGCAGCCGGGAGAGAAUGAUGCAACGCAGCGGCGAUCGGACACUACCCAAGGCACCGGUAAAGAGAAAGCUGUGACUACUGCAAAGAAACCGACCGAGCCGAAAAGCUUCAGUCUUCUAUCCAACAUGAUGGCCAAGGCGCCCAAGCCUUCCAUCCGAAUUGUGACCGUUCCGAAGCCUGGAGCCAAGCCAAUUCGUCGAGCCCAACGUCAGGAUGAUACCUCUUCAAAGACCUAG